GUCCGCUUCGAUUCGCGAGGAUGGUGAUCGCAAAUGCUGUGCUUGCUGCAGGAGGCUUCCUGCUAAGGAGGAGGAGGAUGAGGAGGAGGAAAAGCAGGACGCGGCAAUGGCAGCCGCAAAGCAGCCCGAGGAGAGCAAGGAACAGGCAAAGCGGGCAACAGUCCAGAAAGAAGAUGACGAGGAUCGAUAUACCGGGGCAGAGCACGGCAUCACGCUGAAGCUCCUUCGAAUCCUGCCACUCAAUGAGAAGUAG